AUGGAGCAACCAGACGAUAAUUUUAUAGAGAUUGUAGUUACUUUAGCAAAGGAAGAAGAAGAAGAAGAUCAACUUAAACAGAAACAAAAGAAGAAGAUAGAUUAUAACAACAACAACAAUAACAAAUAUAAAUCAGCAUCAAAACAACAAUUCAUAGAGCAUACUAUAUCAAAGCCUGAACAAGUAGUAUCAUGGUUACUCUAUUUAAUCGUAAAGGGUACUUACCCAACUAUUAAAGAGAAAGCAAUACAGUUACUUGAUAGAUUUCUAGUUAAAAAAGGUGAAGAGUUAAUAGAGUCAUUAUCAAAAGAGAUAGUGAAUGCUGUCAAGGUUGAAACAAUCAAGUUGCUAAAGAGAACUCUUACAGAUAGUUAUCGACAACAUUUAUUUGGUAUCAUUGAAUCAUUUGCAGUUUAUUUAAUACCUAGAGGUGGUUGGGAUGAAUUGGAACCAAAAAUGCAGAGAAUCGUAGAUGGAGAAGAAGAAGAGGGUGAAGAGGAGGGAGCACGUGCAGAAGAUGAAGAUGAAGAUGAUGAAGAUGUGCCUGCAAAAAAAGAAGAAGAUGAAGAAGAUGAAGAAGAUGAAAAAGAAGAGCUUGUUGAACCACAAAUAGUAUAUAAUGCAAGAGGAUUACUAGCAAUGUUAUUAAAGCCUAGAAUACUCGGGCAAUUUGGGAAUGGUACUCAUAGCGAAUUCAUUCCAGACAACCUUAACAAUAUAUUUGGCUUUAGUGACGAUAAUCCAAAAUGGAUGGAUACAAUCGCUCAACAGAUCAUUGACACAUUGUUCCAAGUUUUGAAUGGAAAUCGUGAAGAGCGAUCCACAACAUACACUUACAAUAUGUUUAGGUUAUUGUUGGUUAUGGCAGAGACAAAUCCCAAAGAGUUUACUCCCUUUCACCUUGAAAGUAUCAUCUCUCAUUUGUACAAGUGGUUGUCAGAGGUAAAGGAAAUGCCAAUGGAAGAGUGGACAAGUGGCAAUUCAACAAGCGGUAGCAAACUAUUCAACUUGAAUUAUUUUGAAGAGCGCAAUAAUGGUAUUAUCCCAGAGUAUCCAAACACCCACGAUCAAAACUACAACCAAGAUGAUCAAUUAGUCGAAGCUGUGACAACUUUUGAUCAAUUUGUAUAUCUUCUUGGACGUCCUCUCCAAGUAUCAAUGUUUAAUCGUUUCAACCUAUUAUUAAAAUCACAACAUUGGAAAGAAAGAUAUGCAUCUUUGAUGAGUUUAUCUAAAUUCUGUGAUUCUAAUAUUAUGAAACAAUUUCCAUCUAUUUUAGAGUCAAUGUCUAACUGUUUUAAUGAUGAAAAUAUUAGAGUUAGAUGGGCAUCAAUUUAUUGUUUAAUUAAAUUAUCGGUUGAAUAUAAAGAAGAGAUGGUUGAAUCACGCGAUCUAUUUCAAGUCAUUGCCAAAUCAAUUAGAGAUCCAAAUGAACGAGUUCAAAGUAGUUGUUGUAUAUUAAUUCAAACAUUGAUGGCUUCAUUGAAAAAACAAAAGAAUAAGAUCGUUGAUAAUGUUUUAGAUGAAUUAUGUAAUUCAUUUGAAAUACUCCUUCAAUCUCCAACAUUAUUUCUUGCAGAGAAUGCAUUAAUUCCAUUAAUGUCUGUUAUUGAUACUGUUAAAGAUAGAUUUAGACCUUAUUAUCCAAGAUUUAUAUCAAUUCUAUUUACAUUAUUGGAGAAACAUCAUGCAACAAUAGAAUCAAGAGUAUUAUGUAGUCGUGUAAUCAAGACAAUUUCAUUAUGUGGAAGAGAGAUGGGCAAGAUGACAUUUACAAAAGAUAUAUACAAAUUUAUGAUGUUUGUCAAAAAGAAUGCAUGGUCAUUUGAUCUCAUUUCCGAUGUAUUUAGAGCAUCUGGUGAUUUUAUUAAUGUGAUUGGCAAAUCGUUUUCAAUUUAUUUACCAAUGAUCAUUAGGAUGAUUACCAACAUACUAGAUACACCAUUAUCAAUUCAACUAGAAGAUGAUGUAUCAUUUCAAUACGCAAUGAGAGUACUAUCAGCACUCAAAGGUUUAAAUAGGAUUUUAGAGUUAUCAUAUGAUAAAGUUGAUAACCCUUUGAUUCCAUGCGCUCAUCACUUGGUCCGACCGUUGUGUAAAUUGGCAACGUUCAGCAACACUGGUAUAGGCACUGGUAUUCAAGAGUAUUCUCUUACCAAUUUACCUAUCUGCGUAAAACUUGCCUAUAUUCAUUUUGGUGAUCGAAAAGACAAGAAACUAGAGAUGUUUGGCAUGGUAAUCAAUUCAGUCGUAUUUCCGAGUACUCUUCCGUCUGAUACCAACGUUGAAGAGUUGAGGAAUCGAAUCAAUAUGGCAGACGACCUCAUAGAUGAGAUGGGAAGUGGAGCAAUGACAUUGGAUCAUGCAAAGACAGUGAUGGAUUUAUUUUACAAGGUUGACAAAAAACUAGAAUUCUUGACAGACCAAAUUAGAAAUGAAAAUCAAGAUGUUAUUGGAGAAGGACAUCCUUCCAGUAUGCUUGACACAUUGGCCAACGUAGAGUCGAGAAUCUAUGAGAUGGUUGGUGUCUUGAUCAAACACAAUAGUGACAUUGUAACACCCCUCAUCACAUCUGACCUCUUGGACAAGGCUUGUGAAAAGUUGCGUUACACUGUCCCUGUUAAAGAAAAAGACGACGACGACGAAGACGAUGCCGACGACGACGAUGAUGACGAAGACGAAGAAAAUACAUUCAUCAUCAAGAGAGGUAUACUAGACUUGAUGGAGCAGUACUGCGAAUAUGGUGGUGAAUCUGCCAUCAACUCUUUUCCACAAAUCAUUCCACCUAUUGUCCAGUGUCUAACAACUAAAAAGGCCGAUGUACGACUCAAGGCAGCUAUUACACUUGGAGCAGCAGCACAACUUGGAAAGGAUAGAUUUGCACCUUGGCUCAAUGAUGUGUUACAUGCAUUAAAUGUAAUGAUAUCUGGGCCCGACGAAUACUCUAUCGAUUUUAAUGAUGCUAGAGAGUUUGCCAUCUCUAGUAUCGGUAAAAUCAUCAGAUAUGUUCCACAAAUCGCCAGUCAUGCUAGUAUCAUCAUUCCAGAAUGGUUGGGCCAUUUGCCCAUCGAUGAUGUUCAAGAGAGUAACAUUAUCUAUGAAAAUCUCUGUGCCAUUAUCCGUCUCUACCCCAACGAAUGUUUUGGUAAUGCAUACCAACAUGUUAUGAAACUUUAUAAUGUCAUCAAUUUCUACAAGGAAGUAGAAGAUGAUCAAGAAGAUGAUGAUGAAAAUCAAGAAUUAAGAUCUAUAAGAAAAUUCUUCCGUAUACAACCAAAAGUGAUAGAAUCACUCAUUGAAAUCUCCUCGUUUAUCAAAGAAACGAUUGAAUCUAAUUGGGAUAAUAUCCCACCAAAAACAAAAAAAGAACUUUCAAAAUAUUUAGCAGAAGCUGCUGUCCAAUAA